AUGCCGAUUGCUGAGCCAAAUACGAAAAAUAAGCUCGGACUUACUUUGCCCGAAGUACCACGUGACAAUAUGGAAAAUCAUAAUGAAAAUGGCGUUCAAGAGGUGUGCAUUGAAAGAUUAAAAGAAGAGUUUAAUCAACUAGAUUGUACAGAUAAACAAAAAGAUCGAAUGGAAGAAUUUUUUAAAUCAAAACAAGCUGUUGGAGAAUUGAAACAAGAUGAUUUAGUCAACAUCUGUGAACUUGGUCAAGGAAAUGGUGGUGUGGUAUGGAAAGUUCGACAUAAACCAACUGAUAAAAUAAUGGCAAGAAAAUUGAUAUAUUUGGAAGUUAAACCCGCAUUGAAAAGUCAAAUUAUUCGUGAACUAAAAGUUCUUCAUCAAUGUAAUUCACCAUAUAUUGUUGGAUUUUAUGGUGCGUUUGCUGUCGAGGCACAAAUUAGUAUUUGUAUGGAAUAUAUGGAUGGUGGAUCAUUAGAUUUGAUAUUAAAAAAAGUUAUGCGUAUACCAGAACAUAUACUUGGUAAAAUAACUGUUGCUGUGCUGCGUGGUUUGAGUUAUUUACGUGAAAGGCAUCGAAUUAUGCAUCGCGAUAUAAAACCAUCAAAUAUUCUUGUCAAUCAGCAAGGUGAAAUUAAAUUAUGUGAUUUUGGAGUGAGUGCACAAUUAAUCGAUUCAACAUUACAUACAUUUAUUGGUACAAGAUCGUAUAUGUCUCCUGAAAGAUUAGAAGGAACUCAUUAUGGUAUAAUGUCAGAUAUUUGGAGUCUCGGACUAUCACUCGUCGAAAUGGCUGUUGGACGUUAUCCAAUACCGCCACCAUCUGUACAAGAUAUUGAUGCAUUAUUCAAAGAAGAUCCACAUGGCUGCCAAUCAAGACCAGAAGGUUUUGGUUGUCAUAAAGGUUUGGCGAUAUUCGAGUUGAUGGAAUGGAUUGUAAACGAAGCCCCACCUGGUUUAGCUCGCGAACAUUUUUCAUCUGAUUUUUGUGAUUUUAUUGAUCGAUGUUUAAAGAAGAGUACCUCAGAACGCGCUGAUUUAAAUACGUUAUUGAAUCAUUCAUUUUACAGACGAUAUGAAAAUGAAAUUGAUAAUCAAGAUAUGUCAAAUGAAAAUAAACAAUCAACAAAUGAUAAUGAUAAUUUAGCAGAUGAACAACAACGGACACGACCAAUUGGUGCUGUACUAGGAUGGUUAAAUUUGGGCUCUGUAUCGCCUAGGCAACCGACAUCAGCAGCACAGUCGAUAUCCGGUGCUAAUAAUAACGAAGACAGUAUUCCUGGAUCUCCGCCACAGUUUGUUGAAUACAGUCAGCUUAUGGAAGCAAAUCGAAAUGCCCAAAAUCUGCAAUUAGCGCAUGAAAUUGUGUUUAAUAAAGAUUUUGAACUUCAAUUACCAGACUAUGAAAAAGGAAGUCUGGCAGAAAAAGUUCACAAUACUAUACAUACUGCUUUUUGGAAUGUACUCCGUGAAGAUUUAGAAGCAAAACCACCACGUUAUGAACAUAUUGUUGAUUUAAUUGGUGAAGCUAAAGAAGAUCUUAAAUCAUUGACACUACCACAUCAAAUAACAUUAAAACAACAGAUUGACGAAGCAGUUAAUUUAGAAAUUGUUAAAAAGAAAUUUCAAGCUAAUGCUGUAGAUCCGAAUGAAUAUACAAAAUAUUUUAUUGAUAUGAUGAGUUCUCUGUGUGCAGAGUGUCGUGAUGAACAAAUAACAAAAUUGAAAAUGCUUAGUGAUCCUGUUGAAUGUUUUCGAGGCAUAAUGGAACUAUUGAAUUUAAUGAAACUUGAUAUGGCAAAUUUUAACAUCAGACACUAUCGUCCAUUACUGCAACAACAAUCUGUUAAUUAUGAAAAAUCAACAUUUGAAAAAUUUUUAGAAGCUCAACGAAAUAUGGGUAUUGAUCCGUUAGCGGCUACUUAUAACUGGCUCGAACGUGCGUUUCAUCGUGAACAGAAAAAAGAAACGAUCGGUUCUUAUAUUGCACUAGAUCAACCUGCUGAUAAUGUGCUGCCUUUAACAAUCUUAAAUGAAGCUUAUAUGGAAAUACUUCUUUGGAAUCCAACACAUCCUUUUCCCGAAACAUUACAAUUGGAUGAAAUUCGUUUCAAUCAAGUUCAUAUUAGUUCAAUGCGUUUACUUAUCAUUUCAACUAUUAUGGGAAUAUUAUCGCAUAUUACUGGUUCAGUUUUGCGUGAUUAUGAAUCAUUAAGAACCACAUUAAAAGCACAAAUGAUUAUUAUUCUAGAAGAUUUUCCGCAACGGAAACUACGUGAUUUAUUAGCAUCACUAGGUGAACAAAUAGUGAAAACAUCCCGUGAAGAACUUGAAAAAUAUAAUCAAGCAAAAGUUAUUGUUGAUAAUGAACAAAUGAUCAAAGAUUCACUUCAGACAAUAGCUGAUCAUAAGCUAACCGAACAUCCGGUAUUUAAAGUAUUAUUUAACCGUUAUGUAACAUUCAUCCAACAGCUACUUAUUCAGUCAGCUAAUUCGACGAGCAGUUCGUUAUUGCCAAAUGUUGCUAUUCCAAAUGGACUUACUCUUGUCAUGAAUGAAGUUAUUAUAACUGUUCGUCUAUUUAUUCGUUUGAUUACGUAUAAUAAAAUUGUUUUCAGUGAACAUUACUCAACAAUUAUCAAACAAAUACAGGAGAAAAAAUCUCCUUCCAGUCGUCGUACUCUUCCAGAACAAUGA